AUGAACGACUUUUUCACAACUUUCAGCCAGACUUUUAUUCCCGAAAACCCAAGAUAUUUUCUGAUCACCGAUGGGCAGGGCACAAUCGUCAUCAAGUGGAUUCAAUUGUACUCUUACCGAAACGCCCUUGUUCGGCUUUAUCCCGCGCGAAAUGGCCCUACUUCUUUCCGUCAUACGCUGUGUCUCCUGCUCUGUCAAAUGCCACAUUCCACAAACGCUCCCACAAUGUUCAACCCUCUUCCAUGGAGAAAGUGCUUCCAUGGUGCUCUCAAUAUGCAGGCCCAGUCAGACGAGGCUAUAUCACCUCCUGACACGCCCUCGCGAUUCAGGGACUUCGAUCGUUACACCAUGCAGCGCAACCCCUCAGAUCUGAAAGUCUUUUUGGAUUGGAAAGACGCAGAAUCGAACCGGCUUUCAGAAUGCCAUGUUAUACCUGGGACGAUAUUCACGGUAGAUGUCAAAGCUUUGGAGCACGACGAAACUUUGUGGCGUUCCAAAUUCCCAUACCAGCCUAUUCCUCCGUCGACAAAAGCCUAUGUUGGACGUAAUCCUCGUCUUCGGUCUAAUGCGAUUGAUAAACUUCUUGCCUCGGGUCAGAGUCUCAACUUCCGAGUGACGGAAGUUGUUCGACACCAGCCCGACACCUUUUCACAAGUAUUCUUUGGAGUGCUUUGUAGCUCUGGGGGGGAUGUCUCUCCGCCCGUGUGUCUCAAACUCCUUGUUGAGCCCAUGUUUCCUGUUCAUCACGACCUUUUAUGGGACGAUUUUGAAGAAGAGGAACCGCCCUUCCGUCUGAGGUCUCUUCACUACGCCGAAGAUAUGAUCAGACGGGAGGAAGCGGCCUACGAUCGUCUCAGGGAGCAUCAAGGGACACUGAUUCCACAUUGCUAUGGUUUUCAUCGAUUUGCAACAGAAGGAUCGGUCAACGGAUAUGGUGUUCUCUUGGAAAUCAUCACCGGUCCAUCUUUAUUGAAAGCUGAGCCUUGGACAUGGACUGCGGAAACACAGCGACCCUUCAUCCAUCACCUUCGCGAAUGCCAGCGGGCUCUACUGUAUGCCGGAGUCGACCAAGGAGACUAUCACGGCGACCAGAUCCUGCUCCCCGACGGCCCGAACUACCAACCAGACACAGACAGCUUAGUUUUUAUCGACUUUGCUUUCGCGUUCCAGAGGUUUGGUGAUGAGCAGCUCCCGGGUAUUGCAGCCACUUUAAUCAAUAAGGGGGGCAUCACCUUCCAACCACCACCAACACUGUAUCAAAAACAUGUCGCAGCUUUUCGAUUCAAGCCUUACCCACAUUACAACUCUCCGCAAACAACUGUCGUCGAAAAAUACGUGAACCCAGUGCUGGAUAUCUUCCAUACCUACCUUGUUGGCCCAGACGACUCCGCGCGAUUCACCUCCAAGCAUGAAACUCUGCCCGAUCGGGAUUGUGUUCGUAUUCACAAAGUGGAUGGCGAUGAGAAGGAAUUGCACACGGUCCUACAUUUUUUGUCUCCUGGGCGCAUCUGUUGGGAUGGAAUUCUGCCACCUCGGGAUGCUGUUCACUGUUCGGUGACGAGCGACUUUCUUGAGCACUUCCAAUUGACUUUUCUUUCCCAACGACCGAGAUAUUUUUUAAUCACGGAUGGACACGGUAUCAUAGUACUCACUUCAAUGGAGCACUGGAGGAAUACCUUGCGAUUAGCCGAAGUCUGGUUGUUUCCCGCCUCCAAUGGAGUCAAUUCUCUCCGUCAUACAUUAUGUCUCCUGCUCUGCCAGAUGCCACGCGCCACGGAUUAUCCGGCAAUAUUCAAUCCACACCCAUGGCUUAAACUUUUCCACGGAGCUCUCAAUGUACAGAAGGAGCCAGAACAGCCUAUCUGCCCCCCUCUCAAGCCCUUGCAACUCGAAGACUUUGAUCGCUACACCAUGCAACGCAGCCUUCCAGAUCUCAGAGAGUUCUUAAACUGGAAAGAGAAAGAGGCUGCACGCUUCUCAGAGCGACCUGUCAUACCCGGGACGUCAUUCACAAUUGACAUUAACGCUUUCCAGCACGAGGAGAAGGAGUGGCGCUGCUGCUUUCCAAAUCAGCCUAUUCCGGCGCGGACGAAGGACUUCGUUGGACGCUAUCCUCGUCCCCGAUCCAUCACCAUCGACCAGCUUUUUGACUCACAACAGGGUCUGACAUUUCAGGUGACAGACAUCAUUCGCCACAAACCCAACACCUUUUCACAGGUGUUUUUUGGAGUGCUCUGCAGCUCCGACGGAACUGUGUCUCCCAAGAUAUGCCUUAAAUUAUUUGUUGGCGCCAUGUUCCCCGUGGAUGAGGAUGAUCUAUUGGAUGAUUUCGUGACGACGCAACCGCCCUUCCGCCUAGGCUCCUUGAAUUAUCCGGAAGAUCUCGUUAGACGUGAAGAGGCGGCCUACAAGCGUCUGCAGAAACAUCAAGGAACCUUAAUACCUCAUUGCUAUGGUUUUCACCAGUUUACAAUGCAAGGCUCACUCAACGCAUAUGGUGUUCUACUCGAAGCCAUUCCUGGAUCAUCAUUAGCUCAAGUGGACCCGCUGAAAUGGGAGCUUGGUGUCCAACAAUCGUUUAUGUGCCACCUUCGAGAAUGCCAACGUGCUCUUCUGUAUGCUGGGGUUGACCAGCGCGAUUACCAUGGCAGCCAGAUUCUACUGCCUGACGGCCCUGAAUACCGACCAGAGACUGAUUCCAUCGUCCUUAUCGACUUCGCUUUUGCGGUGCAAAGGUUUGGUGAUGAACAGCUCCCCAACAUUGCGGCCACUUUGAUGGGGCAAGGAAUUGGCGAACUGAUGACCUUGCUCAAGCAUAUUUGUCACCCGCAGGCGACAAUGAAAACGGCAUUUCGCGAGUUCGCUCGUCGAUCCAUGCAUAUUCAAGAAUGGUAG